CCAAUCGGAGUUGGGGAAUGCCAUCCUUUCACUUUAGCACACUGACGACGGUGGCGUUGGGCAGGCAGCAGCAGCCGCCAAAGUAUUCAAACACUGAGAAAUAUAUGAACACCUUCAUUUAAAAUGGUAAGCUGGAGUCUAUCGCAGCUGAUUUUGUGUGAGAGGCAGGGUGCACCCCAGACUGGUUGCCAAUGGACAGCAGGGCACAAUGUUGAACAUCCACAUCGCUACAGUCCAGACUGUUUUGCAUCCAGAACUCAGGCAUGGCUUCCCGAGCGGGACCGCGGGCGACGGGCACAGAUGGGAGCGACUUUCAGCACAGAGAGCGUGUCGCCUCGCACUACCAAAUGAGGUGCGUUGUAAAUAUGCCUUCCAAAUGUAGAAAUGAUUGAUGGUAUUUGUUCAUCCGUUACUUCUCCCCACGGUGUCAUUGUGUGCAGUGUUGCCCUCAAAUCCGAAAUCCGCAAGCUCAACAUUGUCCACAUGCUCAUCUGGGCGCUGAUGGCAGCUCAGGUAGAAGCUCAUUCAACAGAAGUUGUAGUUGUACUCCUACUUACAUGUCUUGUUCUGUGUCAGGUGAUAGUGAGCCAGCUGAGUCUGGUGUCUCACAAGUUUAUCGCCUCACCAUACCAGUGGGAGUACCCGUACCUCCUCAGCGUCAUCCCCACCGUCUUCUGCUUCCUGGCUUUGCCUCGUAACAACAUCAGCUACCUGGUCAUCUCCAUGAUCAGCGCCGGGCUUUUCUCAGUGGCGCCGCUCAUCUAUGGUAGCAUGGAGAUGUUCCCGUUCGCUCAGCAGCUAUACCGACACGGCAAAGCCUACCGCUUCAUCUUUGGCUUCUCUGCCGUGUCGGUCAUGUAUCUGGUAAUCGUCAUUGCCGUGCAAGUGCACGGCUGGCAGAUCUACUACAGCAAGAAGCUGCUGGACCAGUGGUUCACGAGCACACAGGAGAAGAAGAAGAAAUAAGUUCCCGUUGUACAUGCUCAAAGGAAAACUGCAGGUUUUUUCACAUCCACAAUCCUUAUGUGAAACACGCACAUGUAUUUCUUUCCCUUUCUGUGCGUUCUAACGAGAGAAUGAGUUGGCAUGAGCCAGCUAACACUGCACCUC